AUGCCAUCUCAUUCAAUCAUCAAGAGUGGAUAUUUACAACAAAAAGAAGGCAGUUUAUUCAAUCGAUGGAAAAAAUAUUGGUUUGUUUUGACACUCGAUGGAAAAUUAAAGAAAUUCAAAAAACAAAUGAACGAUGAGGAUUCUCAUCGCACGACUCCUCUUCAAGAAUAUCAUUUAACCAUGCACAGUGUUGAUGAUGAUUGUGGUUAUGGCGGCCAUAACAACAAGGAAACUGCCAUGACCACCACACUCAUGAAGAAUGAAAUACACAGUGCGAGAAAUAUUUGUGGAAAGAAUUUUAGUAUGGCCAUUACGAUUGUUGAUGGAAAUGACUUGAAGAAUUGCAACACAGAGACGAAAAAGACAUCGAGUUUGAUCAUGUUGGUUGCUGAAAAUGAAAUGGAAUAUGAAGAAUGGUUUCAGGUUAUGGAUCGAGCAAUUUCUGGACCACAAUCGAGUUCACAACACAGUUCUAAAUUUGGUAGUACGAAUGUGUCACGAAAUUCAGUGAGCUAUCAUAUGGAAACUUUAUUAAGCGCAGUGUUGGAUGCUGCUGUGAUUUCAGAUGCUCUAGGAAUUAUUCUCUCUGUCAAUGAUGCCAUGACGAGUUUAUUUGGAUUUUCAAGAGAAGAAUUAAUUGGACAAAAUGUCAAAAUUUUAAUGCCUUCUCAUCUCGCAACAGUUCAUGACGAUUACAUGAAACGUUAUUUAAAACGAAGAGAUAAGAGAUUAAUUGGAAAACCUAGAACUCUCCUUGGAAAGAGAUCGAACGGUGUCACAUUUCCAGUCGAACUCUCAUUGGGAGAAAUGUCAAAUUCCACACUCGAAGAGACAACACCAGCUUACAUUGCAGUGUUUCGAUUGAAAAUUGAAAAUGAUUACUUCUCGAACGGUGCCACUGAUGAACCUUACAAUGUCAAUGAAACGACGCAUCAUUCGCCAGAAAAUUUUGACGAAAAUGAUAUCAAAUGGUCCAAACACUGUGAAUCACCAAGAUCAUCUGUCUCAACAUUAGAUUCAUUUGUGAACGAUGGAUCCUCUCAAAAAAGCUCAAACUCAAAUAGACAUUAUUUAGAUUAUGAUGACCUUGAUGAUGAUCCCCUACUCUACACACGUCCUUCCAGUGCCAGCAACAAGAAGGGUAAAGUUUCAGAUGAAGCGACGGCUACGAAUAGUUCAUCGACAUCGUCGUCGACAUCCUCUUCGACAGCAACGACGCCCGCUUCUCCACAGCAUGAGAUUAAUGAAAUGGAAUCAUACACUUCACCCACUCAUUUGAUUAUGGGCUCGAAUAAGGUCACUCAGAAUUCAGUUGUGAACACGAAUACCAAUUUUGGACAACAACAAGAAAAUGCUAUGAACAAUUUUGACGCAUUGCUUCAAGAAUUACAUUCUCAUCAAACACAAUUUGCGCGACGAUUACACAACAUGAAAAAACAAUGUCACAAAUCAUACGAACAGGAAUUCAAAGAACUUGAGUUGAAAUAUCAAAUGUUAAAACAUAACCAAAUGUUCAUGGAAGAAGAAAAUAGGACCCUCCAAAAACAUAUGGAUAGUUUUUAUGAAUCUCUUCGUUUGCAUCAAGCAGAAAUGAGCAUUUUACAAACUGGAAAUGAUUAUAUGGAUGGAAUCAUGUUGAAGAGUAUUGUCAAAGAAGAUGACAUUUAUCGCAAUGUAUUGAAAACAAUUGCCAAAAAAGAACAUCAAUUGAAUUUACUGAAAUUCAUACGAAAAGCAUUACUCUUUCAAGAACAAUAUUCGCGAGCAGAAUAUGAAGAUAGGACAUUGUUUGAAGUACCCAAAAUGAAAGUCAAAUCGGAAAUUGUAUUGGAUAUGACGAAUAAUUGUGAACAUGAAUAUUUGGAGAAGAAGAAACGAAUGAGACAAGAAGCGACAUCAAUGAUUGAAAAAUUUUUCACAUUUUCACACGAGUCCAAGCAACAACACGAAAAUGGAAAAGAAUUUGUUCAUACUCAAUCCAUGCCAGCGUUCACUCAUGCUCCAUCCAUGGGUAACAAUCCAUUGAUGGAUUCCAAGAUUCAUCUCUCUUCGACUUGUGAAGAAUUGUUGCAACUUCAUUCUCAAUUCCCUACAUUUGGAAUGUUUGACAUGGCCAUCUCAGAAGUUAUGGAGCGAUUGAAGGCAAAAACGUUCAAACGAUACCUUCGAGAAUAUUCUCGCACAUGUGGAAAGAAUGUACCUUCUUCCAAAUAA